AUGUGGUCGUCUGCUCUUCUCCUUCUCGUCGAAAUCGGGCUUGUCGCCUGGCCGCUGGCCAACUUAUUGCCAGCUUCUCGGUUUUGGCCACAGUUGGUGACCGCUUGGGCUGUUUUGGGAACGUUGUGGCGGGGCGAGACGCCGACCGUCGACCGCGUGAUCCGUGUGCGCAGCCGAACGCAGGCGCAGCGCGUUCCCAGCUCUCCGCCGCUGUGCCAUCGCCCUGUUUGCCACACGAUCAGCUCGAAGAACGUCCAAGAACCGUCGGUGACGUCGGUGGCCGAAGAGAAAACGCUGACGACGCACUCGCUGGUGUCGACCCCGUGCGUGCAGGGACCGGAAGACGACGGACUGCUCGAGUCCUAC